CUCAACCCAAUGUUACGUGUCUCCCAGUACGAAAUCAUCAUUUCCAAGUUUAUUUAUUUUUUCUCGUGACCAAACGCACUCACUUUCACUCUGAAAACCUCAAGGUUUUCCCAAUCACAAAAUCCCCACCUGAGAAUGACGACAUCACCGAAUUUUCGGGAGUGUCACUCCCACCACAAAUACCAGACCAAUCAUGCGAGAAACUUUUGUCACUUGUGUAAAUAAAAUUAUCGCAAAAUUUUAUGUUUAGCGGUUGUGCACGAAUACAAUUGCCUCGUGGGGACGUAAAUAAUGUUCUGCACAUGAAAUAAGACUGAAUAUUUAGUGGAUGAGUUGAGCUUUCAUACAAAUCAUCUUCAUGUGUCUUACCUUCAACAUUACGUGAUGAAUUGCACGGGAAGAGAUCGUUAUUGUGAAUCACCGACCAGGGAUGUCAGUAUGAGAGGAAAAACGAGCGCGUCCGAUGUCGAACGUGGACUCGUAAAGCCAUACUCAGUCUCCUCCGUGUACACGAGAAAAAAAGCCGGAUAUACGCGAGUAUUGGAAUUUAAAUCAGGUGCCUCGGCGGUCGGAGGUGCGAGAUCGGGGCGGAGUACUAUUAUCAGGACACUGGCAUUUGUCUUCCUCGCGACGUUCCUGUGGCUGCAGCUUCAUGUUAUCAGUCUCACCGGUAGGGAUUUGCCAACUCAGUCAUCGGCUAAUGAAACAUUGUUUUCCCUUGUGCCUCAAGAAUUACACAGAUUCUUAAAAGACAGACGUAAUAGUUCGCUCCAUCAGGGCCCUAAUGGAACCCUCGGUAGUCUCGCUGACCUAGACAUUAUCGAGAUUCAACGUAGCAUCGAGAGGGUAAAUGCGGAGCAAAAAAUUUAUAACGACGAUGCAUUUGGUCCACUGGCGCCCGAUGCACCGGUGAUUGUCAUCCAGGUUCACUCGCGAUUGACGUACCUGAGACACCUCAUUGUAUCAUUAGCUCAAGCCCGGGGCAUUGAACAAGCGCUCUUGGUAUUCAGUCACGAUGUUUGGCAUCCCGACAUUAACUACCUCAUCCAGAGCGUGGAUUUUUGCCGGGUCAUGCAGAUCUUUUAUCCGCAUAGCAUACAGACGCAUCCCAAGAGUUUUCCGGGGGAGGACCCCAAUGACUGUCCUCGGAACACUAAUAAACAGCAAGCCUUGGCCUUAAAAUGCAUAAACGCUCAGCAUCCAGACCUCUACGGUCAUUACCGCGAGGCUAAGUUCACCCAGACUAAGCACCACUGGUGGUGGAAGGCAAAUCGUGUCUUUGAUCAGCUCACGGUGACCCGAAAUCACACGGGUAUGGUUCUAUUUCUGGAGGAGGAUCACUAUGUGGCUGAGGAUUUUCUCCAUGUACUGAGGCUCAUGGAGCAUACGUGCAAACACGCCUGCGAGCGUUGCAAUGUCCUCUCCCUGGGGACUUAUCUCAAGACUUAUAAUUACAACGCAGACUACAGUCGAAAGUAUCUCGGUGUGAAUGCUGUCCUCCAAAAGGAACUGCUUCGUGGCCUAGACAGACGUGAACAGCGUCAACACACGUAUCAGCAGCAUCAGCAGUUUAAACAUGACAAUCAUCAUCUGGGAAAACCAUCGCCCGAGACUCGUCGCACUGGCUCAACUCCAUUUUUUCAUAGUACCAAGUCAAUUCAACCAUCACCCGCAUGGGCUUAUCAACUCUUACCGAGUCUCUACAGCCAUUACCAGAAGGCCGAGGUGACACCGUGGAUAUCCAGCAAACAUAAUAUGGGAAUGGCUUUCAACCGCAUUACGUGGAACAAGCUGCGUAAAUGCGCCUCACAGUUUUGCUCGUACGAUGAUUAUAAUUGGGACUGGAGUCUUCAGCAUGUUGCACAGACGUGUCUUCCGCCGAGCAGGGGUGCUGGGCCUGCGCCCAGAGUUGAUUCCGGCCUUGUUACCAUGAUGAUGCGUGCACCAAGGGUGUUUCACAUUGGUGAAUGUGGUGUUCACCAUAAAACGAACAACUGUGAGUCAACAGCCGUGAUUGCUAAAGUCCAAAACGUACUAAAGUCAGCCAGGGCGCACCUGUUCCCGUCCCAGUUGACCCUGACAAUAGCGAGUAUCACGAAGAAGACGAAAUUGCGCAAGGGUAAUGGUGGCUGGGGUGACAUCAGGGAUCACGAGCUCUGCUGGAACAUCACCGUCAAUCCUGAUCUCGUACUGCCUUGAAAUAAAAACCCCAAAAUCGACUGGUCAACCAGUUGAUGCAGCAAGAGGGCUACGUUCCUGCCUAAAAAUCUCAAAUGACAUUUUAUUAAUGAGUGAUGCGUUGCGGAGUAGUAGCUCAGUCAACACGUCAUUCUACUCGGAUACGUAUCAAUUUUACAUUUCGUAUUUAUGACGUCUGAAAGCCAUAAUCUAUUCGCAAGAAGUUAAUAGUGAUAUGAUUGCCCCCAGGGGGUGAUUGCAUAACGCACAGGCUCAACGAAUCUCGUGAAAUUCGGCGAAAUUUUUUAAUCAUUUUUGUUUCUUUUUUCGUUAAUCGAGACUAUUGAAUUGUUUAAGUUUUUUUACACUAGAUGUUAAGAUUAGCUAACGAAUUUUUAUUUCAACAACGCGUACACGACAUUCUAGUCAUGCCUAAUUGAACCGUUAGUGUAAAAAUAUUGAGACUAUCCCGUGUGAAUUGCAAAAAUCCACUGGAAUUUCAGAGAUAAUUCCAUUAGAUUUUUUACACGUGAUCCAUUUCCUUAUGAAUGUGAUUUAAAAUAACUAGAAUAUUAUUUUACUUUAUUUCCUGUUCACUCAUAUUUAGUUUUACGUAAUUAUCCUUAAAAAUUGGUUUAUUUACUGGAAUAAUGAAUGCACUAGUGCGCACAGUCUUCACAGACUUUCGCCUGCUGCAUGUGCAGUGGGCAUUAUGACGGAGGAAAUUAACACACCUAGUUGCAACACUUAAAAAUGUAUCGGUAUGAUGGUAUUUAUUUAUUUAUUACCAAUUAGUUUUUUUCAUGGCUCGUUUGUUACUUCAGGGAAGUGAUGAAUUUUAUUUUGAUGAUGAAUGACGCAAUGAAUUUCGCUUACUAUGCAUAAGUAUAGGUAGGGUGUUGUUGAUAGUGGGGAGUGGUGACAAUUGCGACGAAUAGGCAUUGGAUAUUAAUGAAUUAUCGUCUAGUGUAUACAUGUUGCCAUACCAAAGGACGAUGUUGUACCGUCAGCAAAUCAUUUUCUAUCGGAAUAAAAAACAAAUGUUCCUCA